AUGAGCCAGGCUACAUCUGCCAAAGUGGGCCAGGCUACAUCUGCCAAAGUGAGCCAGGCUACAUCUGCCAAAGUGGGCCAGGCUACAUCUGCCAAAGUGGGCCGGGCUACAUCUGCCAAAAGCCUAAAUCUCCUGUCGGCUGUGUCUGAAGAGGUGAUGGGAGCCACUCUGGAAGCACCAUGUAAGGCUCUACAGACUGUGGCUCUACAGACUGUGGCUCUACAGACUGUGGCUCUACAGACUGUGGCUCUACAGACUGUGGCUCUACAGACUGCGGCUCUACAGACUGCGGCUCUACAGACUGCGGCUCUACAGACUGCGGCUCUACAGACUGCGGCUCUACAGACUGCGGCUCUACAGACUGCGGCUCUACAGACUGCGGCUCUACAGACUGCGGCUCUACAGACUGUGACUCUACAGACUGUGGCUCUACAGACUGUGACUCUACAGACUGUGGCUCUACAGACUGCGGCUCUACAGACUGCGGCUCUACAGACUGCGGCUCUACAGACUGCGGCUCUACAGACUGCGGCUCUACAGACUGCGGCUCUACAGACUGUGGCUCUACAGACUGUGGCUCUACAGACUGUGGCUCUACAGACUGCGGCUCUACAGACUGCGGCUCUACAGACUGCGGCUCUACAGACUGCGGCUCUACAGACUGCGACUCUACAGACUGCGACUCUACAGACUGCGGCUCUACAGACUGUGGCUCUACAGACUGUGGCUCUACAGACUGCGGCUCUACAGACUGCGGCUCUACAGACUGCGGCUCUACAGACUGCGGCUCUACAGACUGCGGCUCUACAGACUGCGGCUCUACAGACUGUGACUCUACAGACUGUGGCUCUACAGACUGUGGCUCUACAGACUGUGGCUCUACAGACUGCGGCUCUACAGACUGUGGCUCUACAGACUGUGGCUCUACAGACUGUGACUCUACAGACUGUGGCUCUACAGACUGCGGCUCUACAGACUGUGGCUCUACAGACUGCGGCUCUACAGACUGCGGCUCUACAGACUGUGGCUCUACAGACUGCGGCUCUACAGACUGCGGCUCUACAGACUGUGGCUCUACAGACUGUGACUCUACAGACUGUGGCUCUACAGACUGCGGCUCUACAGACUGCGGCUCUACAGACUGCGGCUCUACAGACUGCGGCUCUACAGACUGCGGCUCUACAGACUGUGGCUCUACAGACUGUGACUCUACAGACUGUGGCUCUACAGACUGUGGCUCUACAGACUGUGGCUCUACAGACUGCGGCUCUACAGACUGUGGCUCUACAGACUGUGGCUCUACAGACUGUGACUCUACAGACUGUGGCUCUACAGACUGCGGCUCUACAGACUGUGGCUCUACAGACUGCGGCUCUACAGACUGCGGCUCUACAGACUGCGGCUCUACAGACUGUGACUCUACAGACUGUGGCUCUACAGAAGGUCGGCACUAGAUCAUAUACGGAAUCGGGACGAAACCGGAAGUAA